AAUCCACAAUAAUUAACAAUAUCUUAAUAAAAUAAGUACUAACGUACAGACGAGUAAUGAAUGAUCUGCCAUAAUUUGAAAAGUAUUUUAAAAGAUUGGCGCGCAACUUUGCGCUUCUUCAAAUUUAAAUAUUCAUAAUGUAAUGAAAAUGUUUUCAAUUUUCAAAUUGAUAUUUAAGCGCAGAAAUUUAUAAGGAAAUGUCUAUUAGAUGUUGUAAAACAAAAAUUGAAAUUAUGUCGUAUUUCGUGACUUCCAAAUUGAAUAUAUGUAUAUAUGUAUAAAAAAUUUAAUAAAAUGAUAACCUAAACGAUACGUGGAUAGAAUUCUGUCAUUAAUCGUAAGUACUUAUACUUGAUGUCACGAGAGUCCAUAACUAAGCGCACAGGUUGAAAGAUGGUAGAGGAACGCAGCGAUGGUGGGGGAAAGCGAUUCGCCAAUCGCUUUCCACUUCCGCUGGAAGUAUCGCCAAUCAGAGCGACAAUGCGCAGAAAAGAACGAAAACUGGUCUUUUCGCAGUUAUGGACUCUCGUGACAUCAGACUAUGCAAAAACAUUGGUACCUCUACAAAAAAUGAGUUCUGUAGUGACUAACCCAAUAGAAAAUUCAAUAAGGAAAAAGUUGAUGGGUUCUUUGAAUCCAUCUUAUAUUGAAAUAAUAAAUGAAUCAUAUAUGCAUAAUGUUCCUAAAGGAUCUGAAACUCAUUUUAAAGUAAUUGUUGUAUCUGAUAAGUUCACAGAUAAACCUCUUCUUAAGCGCCAUCAAAUGAUAAACAACUUAUUGCAAGUAGAACUGGAAAACGGCGUGCACGCAUUAUCAAUCGUAGCAAAAACACCUAGUCAAUGGGAAGACAAUAGUAAUGUAGCUCCAAGUCCCGCUUGUCGAGGUGGCUUUGGAAAAUAACGACGUAUAAUGAUUUCAUAUUAUGUAAUUAUACUUCUCAAAAAUAGAAUUUAAUUCUGUUCAAUCGUUAAAACAAAUGAACAAACAUAAAACACUAUAAUCAUGAAGGUUUGAACUUAAUAUGUGGUAGUUCCGUAUAUUUAAUCAAAAAUAAAAAUUAAUUCCAAAAAUAAAAGAUACAUUAAUGUCAUAAAGCAAAAGUAUCCAGUCUUAAUUUUCCCUCGUUUUCGGUGAAAUAAAGUAUAUCAGCCAUACA